ACAGUCAAGCGUCUGCAUCCAAAUAGUUCACACUAAUCACAAUUUCAGACAAAGUGUGUCUUGUUCAGUAAAUUAAAAGAAAAUUAACCAAAAUGCAUUCAUAUCAGGUUGUCUGCUGCUUAGUUCUCCUUGCCGUUGCCGUUAGUGCUUUCCCAGGACAUGCUGAGAGUUAUGCACACUUUAACCAACAUGUCGAUCAUCAUCAUGGUGGAUACGAUCAUCACUACGAUCACUACGAUGAUCAUCACGCUCCAGCCAACUACAAGUUCGGCUAUGCCGUGAAGGAUCCCCACACUGGAGAUCACAAGGAAGCCUGGGAGCACAGCGAUGGACACCAUGUGACCGGAUCAUACUCUCUCUACGAGCCUGACGGUACUAAGCGUGUGGUUGAUUACACGGCGGAUCCUCACACUGGAUUCCAUGCUGUUGUCAAGAAGAUCGGACACGCUGUCCACCACUACGUCCCUCACCAUCAUGAAUACCACGGACAUUAUUAAUGGCAUACGCAGUGAUCACUAGUUCGUGUUCUUGCAUAUUUGUGAUAUUAUCACUCCCUCCCUCUUUCACCCUUUCCUGCUGUACAGAUCUUGGCUUCCCACAAAAUCUUCCAUUCUUUUUCAUCUCUUUUUUUUUAAUAUAAAAAAAUGAUGGCUAAUUUCUACUAAAUUUUUGCAAGUGCAAUUGCCAGACACUCGCAAAGGAAUGGAUCUUAGAAUUUAGCCAUUACAAAAUACUCUCUAUUUUUUUAAACUGUACAAAAAAAGCGAAAGAAAAAAGAAAAUAAAAAAAAGAAUUAUAUCAACUUA